AUGGACCAUGACCAUCAUGCAUGCUCCUGGCUGAUCUGCGUCGUCAGGGAGAUCGAGCCGGUGAACCCGCCGGAAAACCAGACCCAGUUCUCCAUGGCCUACUACGUCAUCAACUACUCCAAACUCCGCAUCUGGGAGUUUGUGGAGUACAGUAAGAUAAUAUACUUGGACGGAGACAUACAGGUGUUUGGUAACAUAGAUCAUUUGUUUGAUUUGGGUAAUGGGCAUUUCCAUGCUGUGAUGGACUGUUUCUGUGAGAGAUCGUGGAGUAACUCGCCACAGUAUAAUAUUGUAUUGUUGAACGCUUCUAAUUAUCGCAAAUCAAGAGUGAUAAUGGCUGCAGUUUUUAAAAUAAGUGCAAAAGUUCACUGCUCUAGGGUUGUGUCACUCUCUUUUCUGUUUCUAAUAUGCCAAUCUUCGAUGGGAAGAAGACCGCCUUUCUACUUCAACGCCGGCAUGUUUAUCUUCGAGCCUAACCUCUCCGUCUAUGACCAUCUCCUCAGCACUCUAGUGAUCACUCCUGCUAGCACUUUUGCUGAGCAGGACUAUUUGAAUAUGUUCUUCAAAGAUACCUACAAGCCCAUUACACUAACCUACAACCUUGGUUUGCCCAUGCUAUGGCGCCACCCAGAACACGUUGACCUUGAAAGAACCAAAGUUGUUCGCUAUUGUGCUGCCGGUUCAAAGCCAUGGAAGUACACUGGAAAGGAGGAGAACAUGGAGAGGGAGGAUAUAAAGAUGUUGGUGACGAAGUGGUGGGAGAUAUACAAUGAUGAGAGCUUGGAUUACGGGAACUCAUCUGCAAACGGGCACCCGCUCAGGGCGGCGCUUUUGGAGGCCGGCGUAGUCCACUACAUUGCGGCUCCAUCGGCUGCCUAGACGAUUCACGA